AUGCCGCCUUCCUCAAUCUGCGUAGCCGACUGCGUCCUCGGCAAGCCACAGGAUGAGAGCCCUCGGACACAGACCCCUUCCUCCAUCACUUCCACUCGGAGCGUGGGGGACAACGCAGGCAGUCGGCCCAUCUCGGGCAGCAGCGCACCGCGCCCUAGCCUGCUUGGGAUGAGCAGCGAGACUGUUGGACAGGAAGUGAAGAAGGCAUCCGGCAGCUGUGUUCCGACUCCUCGAGUUGCAGCAACCUCAUCGUUACCCAUGCUCUUGGGACGAUCCCAUGGCCUUCCGCAGCGUCAAGACGCUGAUGCAGAAGCCUGUGCUCAAACAGCUCGGGAUGCUUUCUUGGCUAGGCAGGCCCGGCGAGCCAGCCGAUUCACAAACUUAGCAGCUUGA